AUGGCAACGGCUAUCGGGAAACUCAAGCAGUUCACCCGUUCGGAUCCAAUUUACAAAACCGUCAACAACCAAGAUAUGCGAUGUACGAUAUGGGUACCCAAGGACCCCCCAAUGACGCCAUUGCCUCUGGUUGUCAGAUGGCACGGCGGUGGGCUGGUCACUGGGGAGAGAUAUGACGAGCCAUAUUUCCCGACGUGGGUUAUAAAUCUGGCGGCACUCCAUUCCGCGAUCAUUGUCAGCUUCGAUUAUCGUCUUCUUCCGGAAUCCACUGGUUUAGAUACCCUGUCAGAUCUUCAAGAUUCCUAUCUUUGGUUGCAUCGCUCCAUGCAGACGCAUUUGCAGACAGACACGUCGACUAUGAUUGAGGCAGACCUGGCACGCAUCCUGAUAACUGGCGAAAGCGCGGGUGGAUAUUGUGCCAUUCAAUCAGCGCUGCAUUGGAAUCGCGCACUGCCCCAUCCGAAAGCCGUCAUCGCGCACUACCCCAUGCUAGACUUGAAAGAUGCAUAUUACCAAAAGGCUGGGCCAAAAUACAUUUGGAAUAAGGAAAGUCCAUCUGGAGGUGACCAAUUCCUACUAGGUCACUUGAUUUCAAUGCAUCCUGGCACUAUAAUCACUAGGAGGGAGAUUCCAGAUAAUGCAACAUAUGACCUGUUUACACAGGUAUGGGAAUCCGGAAGAUUUCUUGAAUUUUUGGGAACCGAUACUUCAUUGUAUCCGGUCGAGGUUCUUGAUUCUGUCGCGGAAGAGAAGCGGAAGACGUGUCCAGUAUGGAUUUUCCACGGGACAAAGGAUACUGUUGUCCCUUUCCAAGGAUCUCAAACAUUCUUUGACAAGGCAAAAUCAUUGAAAUUGCUGGAGAAAUGGGAUCUAGUAUUUACCAAGAUAGACGGCGAAGAUCACUGUUUUGAUAGCAUGCAAGAGUCUCUGGAGGUUAAGUGGGCGGCUGAUGGAAGAGAGUGGCUUGGAAAGUACUGGCCGUGA